AUUGCACAGCCGAGGAACACCGGAGUUCCUUCUGGGAAGACGGGCUAGGGAGCUCAGUGGUCUCAGGUCUGGUUUCAGAGUUCCGCCUCUGCGGGCCUCAGUUUACCCUUUCCCCCUUUGCCCAAGGGGGCAAGGUAGAGCGCUUUCGGGGAUUGGGUUUCAUAAUCCCCUUCCACUUGACCUCCCCGCCGCACCCACUAAUCUUCAGGAGCUCAAGUUCUCGCUCUUCCCAGACGCACGCAAGAACCCUGCACCAUCUCGCUCGCUCUCUGCCCGCCCGCGCCUGACACCUUCCCCGCUCGGCCGCAGAAACAGAAGAUCCAGGCGCGAUGCUCUCCCACCGUCCCUUUCUCCCGCCCGCGCGCCUCCUUCUCGGUCCCACUCUGCCUAGGAAACAGAAAAUCAACGCGCGGCGCGGCUGCAAAGUCGGUUACCUAUUGGUCAGCGCCUCCUGGGCUGAGCCCGCCCGCCCCGCCUCUUCUCCCACCUAGGCGGGGCCUCCCCGCCGACCCCCGGCUGCCUCCUGCCCGCAGUCCCACCGCCUGCCAGGAGAUCUUAAAGGGGCCGCGGCCGCAAUCAGACGCUGAGCGGCGUGGGGAGGGGGUGGCUCAGUGACCUGGGCGCGGGGUUGAGGAUCCCAGUGGUCGAGCGCUGGAGGCGGGGCCCCAGCCUGUCGCACUCGCUGCACCUGCGGAAUGUCCCUACUACUAGUUUCAGGAGCAGUUUCUCGAUCCACCAUUAGGGGGAAGGGAGCCCAGACCACUUAACAGCGAAUAAUCAUAACAAAAGCUCACUUUGAUUCAGUGCUUUGCACAUGCCAGGGCUUUUACUCACCUCUCGCGUCGUCCUUGCCAAAACCCUAUAAGGUACCAUACAGCAUGGAGUGAUACAGAGGUUUUUUUCCAUGUAUGUUUCUGAACAGGUUUCCCUCCACCCAUGAAUGCAUUCUACAUUCUCCCGCCCCAUAGGUGUGUUUCAGUUAAGUAUACACCCAUCUGGGUAUGUUUCCAUAUAACCGUGUCCCAUACAGGUCUAUGUAAAUGCAGGUGUGUCUCAUACAGGUAUUUACAAGACACUGACACCCAGGAAUUCCCCAAUACAAGUGCUGUACAUUUUGUAGGUGAGCCAUGCAGAUGUGUUCCUAAAACAGGUCUAUUCCACAUCAGAGUGCCUUAGUUAGCUGUUUGUGAUGAUAAUACAGGCAUGUUCUAUAGAGAUAUUGUCCACCCUGGUGGUAUGUAUCCAUUUGGUUUUAUUUUUUUUCUUUUCUUUUUGACAGAGUCUUGCUCUGUCACCCAGGCUAGAGUGCAGUGGCAUGAUCUCGGCUCACUGCAACCUCUGCCUCCAGGUUUCAAGCGAUUCUCCUGCCUCAGCCUCCCAGGUGCGCCCGCAGCGCGGCCCCGCCCCCUUCUUGACUCCGCCCUCUCAGCGAGGCUCAGGUGCACAAGCCGGAAGUGCGCUCUCCUCCCAGGUGAGUGACUAAACUUUCCGGGUCACGUGAGCGGGCGGAGCCGGUGGGAUCGGACCCAAAGAACGACCGACGGACCGAGGGUUCGAGGGAGGGACACGGACCAGGAACCUGAGCUAGGCCAAAGACGUCCGGGCCAGGUGCCCCGUCGCAGGUGCCCCUGGCCGGAGAUGCGGUAGGAGGGGCGCGCGUGAGAAGCCCCUUCCUCGGCGCUGCCAACCCGCCACCCAGCCCAUGGCGAACCCCGGGCUGGGGCUGCUUCUGGCGCUGGGCCUGCCGUUCCUGCUGGCCCGCUGGGGCCGAGCCUGGGGGCAAAUAUCCACCACUUCUGUAAAUGAGAAUAGCACUAUUUUGCCUUCAUCCACCAGCUCCAGCUCCGAUAGCAACCUGUCUCAGGAGGCCGUCACUGCUAUCAUCGUGGUCUUCUCCAUCUUGGCUGCCUUGCUCCUGGCUGUGGGGCUGGCACUGUUGGUGCGGAAGCUUCGGGAGAAGCGGCAGACGGAGGGCACCUACCGGCCCAGUAGUGAGGAGCAGUUCUCCCAUGCAGCCGAGGCCCGGGCCCCUCAGGACUCCAAGGAGACGGUGCGGGGCUGCCUGCCCAUCUAGGUCCCCUCUCUUGCAUCUGUCUCCCUUCAUUGCUGUGUGACCUUGGGGAAAGGCAGUGCCCUCUCUGGGCAGUCAGAGCCACCCAGUGCUUAAGAAUAGCAGGGAAGAAGGUACUUCAAAGACUCUGCCCCUGAGGUCAAGAGAGGAUGGGGCUAUUCACUUUUAUAUAUUUAUAUAAAAUUAGUAGUGAGAUGUAAUAAAAGCUUUAUUGGUGUGUUU